AAAGACCAAACUAAACAAAUCCAAAGAAAAACAUUUGAAUCAAAAAAACGUGAGGAUUAAGGAAUCAAAGUAAAAGACCAAGUUCAAUUCCUUCCCUUUCAAUAAGUUAUGACGUUAAGGUUUUGAUCAUAACCAGACCAACCAUUAGCUUAAUAAGGCCAUUCUCUCAGAUGCAUUGUUAAGUCCUUCAAAUACAGGUUCUUUUGUAGAGCAUCGUCCCAGACUUAUACUAAGGUUUAUAAUCCAAGCUAGAAUUGUUCUUAUAAAAUAGAGUAGUACGUGCUUGCCAUGAGCUUUAUAGUGGAGCUCCCAAGCUAGAUGUCACUCCGAAGUUUUUGAUGAUGGAUUCCUCUUCUGAUAACCACAAAACUCAAAAGGGAGGAACCUCGACCUCAAGUGUUCCUGCUAAUGGGGAUAUGUUUGGACGAGUUGUAAAUGGUACUGGUGAGACUGAAGGCAAGCGGCUAGCGUUUUUAGUGGAGUGGUUAAAUAGUAUACUUCCUGAUUUAGGUUUACCAGAAACUGCUUCAGAUGAGGACUUGAGAUCAGUAUUGAUUGAUGGUACCAUUUUAUGUCGGCUAUUGAACAGGCUUAGACCUUGUUCUGUUGAUGAGGUUAAUAGAUCCGAUCAGAACUCAGUGCCAAGCUCAGAAAAUGUCGCAAGGUUCUUGGCUGCUGUUGAUUCAUUAGGCCUGCCCCAGUUUAAUAUGGCGGAUCUAGAGAAGGGAUCUAUGAAGACUGUUAUAGAUUGUCUUUUAACACUUAGAACACGACUUGGGUCAAGUGUUGCAGCAGACGGUUUUUCUCUGUUUAGUCCAACUGGUAACUAUGACAGCCCUCGAAGAGAUUUAUCUUCCCGUGGAUUUAGUUCUCCGUUAACUGUAGAAGAGAGGCAGAAGGUCUUGUCUGAGUCAAAAUUUCAACGUUCAUUGCGUAGUCCUGUUAUGUCAGAGCCAUCAGCAGGAUUAAUGCAUCAUGUUGGACAUAAGUUCCAUGAGGUAUUUCAGGUGAAACAAGGACGCUACGCAGAUCUUCCUGCUGCAAAGAUCUCAGAAAUGAUGAAAUCCAACAGUUUAGAUUAUCUCUUGUUGCAGAAUGCUCCGACUCAGUCCCUUUUGAGCGUUGUAAAUGGAAUUCUUGACGAAAGCGUUGAAAGAAAUAAUAGUGAAAUACCUCAUCGUGUGGCUUGUCUACUGAGAAAAGUUGUCCAGGAAAUUGAGCGCCGCAUAUCAACUCAAGCAGAGCAUUUAAGAACUCAAAACAAUCUUUUCAAGGCUCGUGAAGAGAAAUACCAGUCAAGAAUCAGAGUACUUGAAGCCCUUGCAUCCGGAACCAAUGAGGAAAGCGAGCUUUUUAGGAACCAUCUUCAGCAAAUGAAGAGUGAGAGGACCAAAAUUGAAGAAAAAAAGAAAGCUGAUGAUGAGGAUGUGAUCAGAUUGAAGAAAGAGAAGGAGCAUAGUAACCUUCAAAUUUCAGGACUGAAGCAAGAGUUGGAUAUAGCCAAAAAGACAUAUGACUUGCGUUGCUUGCAAAUGGAAACAGACGCGAGAGGUGUUAAAGCAGCACUUGAAGAAAGGGUAAAAGACCUUGAACGCCUCUUGGCAGAUUCAAGGAAUAAGGUGAAAGAGCUGGAGGAAAACUCUGAGUCAAAACAUCAGGUUUCUAACGAAACUUUAAAGCUUGAAGAAAAGGUAAAAGAACUUGAACGCCUCUUGGAAGCUUCAAGGAAUAAAGUGAAAGAACUUGAGGAAAGCUCAGAGUCAAAAUAUCAGUUUUCCCAAGGUCAGCUUGAAGAGCGGGUGAAAGAACUUGAAAAUCUCUUGGCAGAUUCAAGGAAAAAGGAGAAAGAGCUUCAGGCAAAUUCUGAGUCAAAAUGUCAGAGUUGGAUUAAGAAAGAGCGUGUUUACCAUAACUUUAUGGAAUUUCAACUUGGUUCUUUGAAGGAAUUGAGGCUAUCUUCUGUGUCCAUUAAGCAAGAAAUAAUGAAGGCAGAACGAAGCUACACGAGUGAAUUUGAUCAUUUAGGAGUGAAGCUUCAAGCAUUAGCAGAUGCAGCCGAGAAUUAUCAUUCACUUUUGGCUGAAAAUAGGAGGCUGUUUAAUGAAAUUCAGGAUUUAAAAGGAAACAUCAGAGUAUAUUGCCGAAUAAGACCAUUUCUGCCUGGACAGAAGGAGAAAAGAACAUUGGUAGAACAUGUUGGUGACAAUGGAGAACUGGUAGUUGCAGACCGCUCCAGACCAGGGAAAGAUGGUCAUCGAUUGUUCAAGUUUAAUAAGGUCUAUGGUUCAGAUGCAACUCAAGCUGAAGUAUACACUGAUACCCAACCGUUUAUAAGAUCUGUACUUGACGGAUAUAAUGUGUGUAUCUUUGCUUAUGGUCAAACUGGAUCUGGAAAAACCUACACAAUGACUGGUCCUAACAAUGCAACUAAGGAGAACUGGGGGGUCAACUAUAGAGCCUUAAAUGACCUUUUUGAUGAUUCUCAGCAAAGAAAAAGCUCCAUUAUGUAUGAAAUUGGUGUUCAAAUGGUUGAAAUAUACAAUGAACAAGUGCGCGAUUUGCUAUCAAGUGAUGGUACUCCGAAAAAACUCGGGAUUAUGACUCAUUCUCAACCCACUGGGUUAGCUGUGCCGGAUGCUACUAUGCACCCUGUCAAAUCAACCUCAGAUGUCAUUAAAUUAAUGGAUAUAGGAUUUAAGAACCGAGCUGUUAGUGCCACUGCCCUCAACGAAAGAAGUAGUCGCUCUCAUAGUGUUCUUACAGUUCAUGUACGAGGGACGGAUCUGAAGACUAGUUCUGCUUUGGUCGGCAAUCUUCAUCUUGUAGAUUUGGCAGGAAGUGAAAGGGUAGAUCGCUCUGAGGUUACUGGAGAUAGACUUAAGGAAGCACAACAUAUAAACAAAUCAUUAUCUUCACUUGGAGAUGUCAUAUUUGCUCUUGCACAGAAGAGCCCUCAUGUACCAUACAGAAAUAGCAAGCUUACUCAAGUCCUUCAAAGCUCUCUCGGUGGACAAGCAAAAACACUUAUGUUUGUGCAGCUUAAUCCUGAAACAAGUUCAUAUUCUGAAAGUUUAAGUACUCUAAAGUUUGCUGAGAGGGUUGCUGGAGUAGAGCUAGGGGCGGCAAAAAGCAACAAAGAGGGCAGGGAUGCUAGGGAGUUGAUGGAACAGGUGGCAAUUCUCAAAGACACUAUAUCGAAGAAGGAUAAUGAGAUAGAACGACUGCAUUUACUUAAAGAUAUCCGAGUGGAGAAGCGUCGGACAGGCUCGUUAAGUUCUGAAACUGAUUCCCAGCAGUCCAUGCAUGACCUUAAACACCAAAAUAAUACACUCCGGCGAUCAAAGGUUGCCGGAGGUGACAUAGGUCAGAAUAAUUCUGCGGAUGCUGAGAUGUUAGGAUUUGGAGAGGCAGAUUAUGAGGAGAAAUUAAGUGACUUAUCUGACGGUGGUCUUUCUGGUGGAACAGAAACUGAUGGCUCUGCCUCUGCUGACAGUACGAGCUAUUCUGAAAGCACAAAAUCAGAUAGCUUAGAAAACAGGCCGAGAGGGGUUACUAGGAUUCCCCGACCUUGGUCAAAACCAGCAGUAACUUCCUCAUCUAUGAUGUUAGGAUCAAAAAGCUCUCCGAAAGUUUCAUCAGGUCUAAAAAAAAGUAGCAGCUCUUCCUCACUGAAACCAGCUUCUAAACGAUGGCAAUAAUCAGAAGCCAGUCGUUACAAUUUCUUCUUUUCUCUCAUUUUUCGUAUACAUGUAUAGUUUUUCUUUGAUAAUUAGCAUAUACUUUUGUUGCUUUCCAAUCCCACUUGGUGAUUUAGGUGUAAUUAUUCUGAGGUUUAAAGCUCAUCUACAUGCUUCUUCUUCUUCUUUUACUUGGAAUAUCUCAUUCCAAAUUUGCCUGUUUCAGUCAUGAGUCUUGUACUGAUUGAAGAAACGGAGUUUGUGUUUAUAGACUUCAAUUUUGAACUGAAGAAGAAAAUGAAAAUGUAUAUAGCAUUGUCCUGUGUACAAGUAAUGGUGAAUCCUAUGGCCAUGGAAUCUUGUACUAAAACCAUUGCUUUACGUUCAUAGAGACACUGACCCAACACAAGUUUCAGCACAAUAGAGUGGACCUGUUGAGCUAUAGCAGGCAAUGCAAUAAUGGAGGUACUAAACGAUGCACCAACCUAAGGCAUACAAGGCAAAAGUUUCCAAACUACAAGUUCGGCUUUUAUGGUGAAAUGAUCUUGUUUCUCACGAGGCUGCUUUC